UCUCUGCGGAGUUGUCAUGUCAAACUUUUGGACCAAUAGCAACGCGGCUCUCAGCAAACUCAUAAGUCUAUUGGCGAGCGGAGCCAAUGACUGGGGGAGAAGCGUUGGAAGUCCAGCCUCCUGAUUUCAACAGAUUGAAAUGUAAGCCUGUCUCCAGCGCCGUCAGGAAACAGAUCGAGAUUUUUGUUCCUCUUGUUCCUUAUCGCGCAAGACGAUUUUCUUGGACGCGGUUUCGGACGGUGGACACGCUGGACGCGGAGCAGGACCCACGCAGGAGGCACGAACCGGACACCGUAUUCUUCGUUUGCGGCUUUAACACUAUGGAGCCAGCCUUCGGUGAGGUGAACCAGCUCGGCGGUGUUUUCGUGAACGGCAGGCCGCUCCCCAACGCCAUCCGGCUCCGGAUAGUGGAGCUGGCCCAGCUCGGGAUUCGACCCUGUGACAUCAGCAGGCAGCUGCGCGUCUCCCACGGCUGCGUCAGCAAGAUCCUGGCCCGCUACAACGAGACCGGCUCCAUCCUCCCGGGGGCCAUCGGAGGCAGCAAGCCGCGGGUCACCACACCCACCGUGGUCAAACACAUACGGACAUACAAGCAGAGAGACCCGGGGAUUUUUGCCUGGGAGAUCCGGGACAGGCUACUCGCCGACGGGGUUUGCGAUAAAUUCAAUCUGCCCUCCGUCAGCUCCAUCAGUCGGAUCCUGCGCAACAAGAUCGGGAAUCUGUCCCAGCAGAGCCAGUACGAGUCGGGCAAGCAGGCGCCUCAUCCACCGCCACAACCAACGUUACCCUACAACCACUUGUACUCAUAUCCGACGUCCAAAGUGCCCACUCCCCCUGGCAUGCCCACCCUUCCCGGACACAUGGCCAUGCACAGGAUAUGGCCCUCCUCGCACUCUGUAACAGAUAUUCUGGGGAUACGGUCUAUUACUGAGCAACAAAUUAGUGACAGUCCAUCCUUUCCCAGCGCCAAACUAGAAGAAUGGAGCGCUAUAAGCAGGACUAAUUUCCCACCAGCAAGCUCUCCACUAGUCAAUGGCGUGGAUAAACCGCAUUUAGACCCUGAAGCAAAAUACACACAGACGCCGAAUGGAUUGCCCACAGUGAACAGCUAUGUCACAGCACCCAGCAUCCCUCCCUACCACCCUCCCACCCAAGUGUCUCCCUACAUGGGGUACAGCGCCACCACCUCGGCCUAUGUGACCGGACCCACAUGGCAGCCGGCCAGUGGCAGUGCUCUAUCUCCCCACAGCUGUGACAUCGCCGCCCCUCUGGCCUUCAAGAGCAUGAACCGCGACGCCAUCCACCCGGUCACCGCCUCGGCGCUGUGAAAGUCAGCUCCACAGACUGAUGGGGGAGAGGAGGAGGAGGGGUGGGGGGAGACAGUGAGGACAUUUUUUUUCAUUCCUCCUUUUUCUAUGAAGGACUCGGCCCCCAGGACCCAUAUUUGUGCCGCUCUGUGUGUGACCUCCUCCUCCUCCUCCUCGUCCUCCUCGUCCUCUUCGUCCUGCACACACUCAGACCAAAAGACAUGAGAGGAAUAAACAGUCUGUCAAAUUUUUUUUUUU